UGUUCCAGUUCUAGCACUGUUUUUUCCGGGCGCCAACUUUUUGUUUGACAGAUCAAAAGUGUGAAUAAAAGUGCAAAAAACGGAGCUUAAACACGACAGAGAUUACUUUUUUACUGAAAUGCCAAACCUACCGACCAAAAUUGAAGAUGAUAUAAUCGGCUCUCCUCGUGACGAGCUUAUUGUCAAAACGAUUGCGAACAUUUUUAUAACAGCCAGCCGGGACAGUCGACAGGCUCCAGUAAAUACGGACAAUCAGAUGUCUGCUGAUAUGACCCAGUAUCGGGAGAAUAUGUUGAAAGCAUUGGUCGACUAUUAUGUGGACGCCUGGCAGAAGGAUGGCAUAAACCCAGUUCUAGCAAAGGACGUUAGUAUGGUGACAGCGCAGAUGGACCUCAUGCAGUCUUCCAUUGAGUUUGUCCAUGUUAACCUGAAGUUGGCCCCUCUGGGCAAAGUCUCCAUGAAGGAGUUGGAAAAGCUUGAGUCAAGCAUCCAGACAUACCACAAGCACAUUUUAAAGGCUCGGAUGGCGGACGAUAUUCUGGACAAACAGAAGCGCCAGCAGAAAUCGAGUCUGUUCAAGAAGCUGUGCUUUGUUGUGGGCCUUGUAAUGUUUCUAUCUGUACUCCUGACGGUCGAAUAAUUUAUUAUUAUUGUUUGUAAUCAAAUGAAAAUAGUUCUAAGUAUGCCCAAAGAGGAGGCCCACAAAUUGUUUUCCAAAGAAGAAGUUACUUGAAUGAUCU